UGUUACGUUUGUCUAAAAAGGAAACGAAACAAUACCAAAGAUACACUUCUAGAAGACAACAAGGGCUUCCUGUGUCAUGUAAGUGCUAACUAUUCAAUGAUCCUUCUAAACUAAUCAACACAUGCUGGCAUUUAUAACAAUUUAUUAUUGUACGAGAUGCUUCCUUCAUUAGAAACCAAUGAAUGUGUUUAGUAUGAUCUGAAGCAGUUGUGUUUAUUAUGUGCUACGUCCUGGUGUUUACCUUAUAGUUGACUUGUCUGCCAUAUCCAUCCUAUUUGACUUGUCUGUAAUUUCUCUCUAAUUUCACUUGUCUACCAUAUCCCUCCUCUUUAACCCCUCUGACAAAUCGCUCUUAUUUGACUUGUCUGCCAUAUAUUUCCUAUUUGACUUGUCUGCCUAUAUCUCCUAUUUGACUUGUCUGCCAUAUAUCUCCUAUUUGACUUGUCUGGCUAUAUCUCCUAUUUGACUUGUCUGCCAUAUAUAUCCUAUUUGAAUUGUCUGCCAUAUAUCUCCUAUUUGACUUGUCUGCCAUAUAUCUCCUAUUUGACUUGUCUGCCAUAUAUCUCCUAUUUGACUUGUCUGCCAUAUAUCUCCUAAUUAACUUUUCUGCCAUAUAUCUCCUAUUUGACUUGUCUGCCAUAUAUCUCCUAUUUAACUUUUCUGCCAUAUAUCUCCUAUUUGACUUGUCUGCCAUAUAUCUCCUAUUUAACUUACGUCAUCUUCCCAGCAUCCAAUGGCAGUACAGGCAAGCAUCCUUACCAUCCUCACCAUCAUUACCAGUCUGGCGCUUCAUUUUAUCAAAGGUACGUUUCAGGCAACUGGAUAACAAAUCAUGAAAACAAUCAUUGACCUUUGACCUAACAUUGGACGACACGUGCUGACAAUGGGUUAACUCAUGAGCUCUGUUAUCCAUUUCUCUGAUGGGCUUCAACUUACUUAAAUUGUUGCUCAAAGAGUAAUACCAGGGCAGGGUGAAAGGGGGUAUGAUUCAUAAGGUAAUGUUCAUGGUAAACUUACAGUGAUGAUAUUUUCUGGAUUCUAUGUGGCAUGUAAGACAAUAUGACAGAUGAAACUUUCUACAUGAAAUGUUAAGGAAGCGGUCAGUAUGACAGUUAUUGAAAGACAUGGCAGAUAUUUAGACCAUUUACUGUAAACAGUUUCUUUAGAUUAUUUGAAGCUAUAAACAUCUCUUAUCUUACAAACAGCUCAAGAUGUUAGGCCUACAGCCGAAUUAGGGACACCAAUAGACGAAGAUGGCCCGCGGACGGGUGAACCUUUUGUAACAACCAUAAAACCUUUUGUAACAACCAAAAAACCUUUAGUGACAACCAAAAAACCUUUUGUGACAACCGGAAAAACUUUUGUGACAACCCAAAAACCAGUCGAAGCAACAGCCGUGCCUGGUUUCUCAACAGCCGGGGCCAUUUUACCGGAAACAGAAGCCGGCAUUUUUUAUACGACGAAAACUUAUUGGCCGGCAGCUGAAUUUAAUUUACUGAAAGACGAUGCCGGUGUGUUGACAGCCGGUGUGUUGACAGCCGGUGUGUUAACAGCCGGUGUGUUGACAGCCGGUGUGUUGACAGCAGAGCUGGGUGUCCCCCCAGGGGACGAAAUGGAUGAAACGCCUGCCAAACCUGAACUGGUUAUUCGUAAUGUCACAAACAAAGCAUCUUCUGGGUUAACAACGGAGGCUGAUUCCGCUCGAACUGUGACAGUGUCAUCCAGUGGUGGUGUAACAGCUGGUACUACUGACCGCCGUGUACAGACUGACUCUGGGGUGUCAGCGAUUAAAACCGCACCGCUUAUCAGCGCUCCCAUUGGAGCCCUCUCCUCCAAACCAGCCAUCAUGAAGUCCACCACCGUCCAGCCUAACACCGUCGGGCCUGAGUUCAUCCUCAGCAACGGCCGGGUUGAUCCUCUUGGAGAUGUCACCAUCUCAACCACCACAUCCACAACACCUGCAACUGCAAUGACCUCAACGGCAACAAACACGCGCACCACAAAGCUACCCGCCACCAACCCAUACCAAUGGGUACGCCCGUUGCACCCCGCCCGGGCUGCCACCCCAACACCCCAGCACCACACCGCGGCCAGCCUGUACUCUUGGAUGCUCUUUGGCAGGGACAUGUUUCCUUGGUUGCAUUUAUUGGAUAAUCAACAUCAGUAACCCUCUGCUGGAAACUAUCUAAAUGCACUCCUGUACUCACCCAACGUUGACCCUGAUCUUCUGACCUGGCUGCUAUAGUUGAACUACCAACGAUCACAGAUAGAACCAAAGUAAUCACAACCACAGCCACAACCUUUGUGAAAAUACUUGCUUCAUCCAUAAAGACAAAGACUUUUCUCCCAAUUGAGUUUUGAUCUGUUUUAGUUUUGAACCGUAAGACUGAAUUUUAGUUUUGAACUGUAGAACGAUGAGAUAUUUGAGUUUUGAUCUGUAAGACUGAGAGAUAUUUGAGUUUUGAACUGUAAGACUGAAAUGUUCGAGUUUUGAUCUGUAAGACAGUGAGAUAUUUGAGUUUUAAUCUGUGAGAGUGUGAGAUAUUUGAGUUUUAAUCUGUAAGAGUGUGAGAAUUAUGAGUUUUGAUCUGGAAGACUAAAAUAUAAGACUGCGAUAUUUGAGUUUAGAACUGUAAGACUGAGAUAUUUCGCAAUUUACUAAAAGUACGAUUUUAAAACAACGUGACUCGACUGCUCGUCUUGUCCUAGCCUUGAUUCUAGUGACUCCAUUGCUCGUCUCGUUAUGUCCUUGAUUCUAGUGACUCCCAUGCUUGUCUUGUCCUAGUCUUGAUUCUAGUGACUCCUGCUUGUCUUGUCCUAGCCUUGAUUCUAGUGACUCCUGCUUGUCUUGUCCUAGCCUUUAUUCUAGUGACUCCUUGCUUGUUUCGUCCUAGCCUUGAUUAUAGUAACUCCCCUGCUUGUCUUGUCCUAGCCUUGACUCUAGUGACUCCUCUGCAUUGCUUAUCCUAGCCUUGAUUCUAGUGACUCCUCUGCUCGUCUUAUCCUAGCCUUGAUUCUAGUGACUCCACUGCUCGUUUCGUCCUAGCCUUGACUCUAGUGACUACUCCGCCUUGCUUAUCAUAGCCUUGAUUCUAGUGACUCCUCUGUUCGUCUUAUCCUAGCCUUGAUUAUGGUGACCCGUCUGCUCGUCUUGUCCUAGCCUUGAUUCUAUUGACUCCACUGCUCGUCUUAUUCUAACUGUUUUUAAAUUCUCUAUAUUACCUUGGGUUUUGUUAGUGCCUGAGUGGCUAUAACAAAAAUCUUCGGACGACUAAUUGACCCACAUUCCGUUAAACUAUGAAGCUGAAAUUUUGCACAUAGACUUGUUGCCAAUGACACCAUAUUCUGUAAAAUGUUGAGCUACCCCCCUCCCCCCAACAACAAGCCCCACAAAACACCAUUUUUCAAGGGAAACAUGAAGGAAAGAUGAUGAUUUGAUUUCACGAAAUAAAAUUCCCGAUAAACGCACUAAAUUAGAUUCGUAAUAAUAUCACAAAUGCGUUUCGUGCGUAAUACUCUUCUGUUGUUUUUUUUUUUUUCUGAAAGAAGUUUGUGAAAUAAUUUUGCGUUGUAAAAGCGAGUGGGUCAUUAGAAAAAUUAUAUAUUUCAAGGGAAUGUAGAAAAUGUGCGUUUGUGAGACUGGGGGAGGGUGGUUUGAAGCACUAAUUGGUAUUCUUAUAAAGUACGGUAGUUCCAUGCUUGUUUUGUCAAAUUUUCAGGCGCCCCCGCUCCCUCCUCCAAAUAGCUCGAUAUUACAUUUUGUAAAGGAUUUAUACGUAAAACAUUGUCUUAAGGGGCUUUUUAAUGAACACAUCACUUCUUCUUCUUCUUCUAUAUCUUAAGGGCCCACGAUCAAUUUAUUGAUCAUUUUGGCUCCUAUGCAUGUAGAUGGGAUUUGCAAUGUUUCUGUUACUGGUGGUGAUGAGGAAAUUAUGCACUAGGGGUUUGAAGGCUUAAGGCAAUAGACAC